AUGCAAUACCAGCCUCUCCUCCUCGCAGCCCUCGCAGCUCUCACCACCGCAGCCACAACUCCACCUCACCUCACCCUCUCCUACGGCGCCGUCUCCGCAGACCUGAUCAUUCUCUCCAACGACAUAGCCCUCACAGGACCAAGCUCCUCUUCAGCAGCAGCUUACAAGAAAGCAUACUCGGACCUUCAGAAAUUCCAGAUCGCAACUGGAGAUACCCCGAACCAUCCUUGUCCAGCUGUCCCGAUUUCUGCUGUUGAGACAAAGGAGCAAGCUGAAGAAUAUGUUGUAAAGACGGAGGAGAUUGCUAUGGCUGCUUUUAGGGGGGUUUUGGUGGGACGGGCUGGAACGCAGAUUUGUCGGGCGGAGCAGUAUUUGUCUGCUGUCGGCGAUUAUGUUAAGGGGAGCGCUUGA